AUGUCCGUCCCGGAAGAUCGCUCUCGCCCACCGGAGGAUGGCCGCGCUUCAGUUCCUGCCCGGCCUUCCUCUGCUCUCCCCAGCGGAACGGCGGCGGACGAUACGCUCACCAUCACCGACGACCUCCUCUUGGAGAUCCUCUCGCGGGUCCCCGCCAAGUCGCUCUGCCGCUUCAAGUACGUCUCCAACCACUGGCUGGCCCUCAUCCACCACCCCGAACACCGCAAAAAGCUCCCCCAAACCCUGGUCGGCUUCUUCUACACCAGCAGCAAAAGCAGCGUCGAAGAGCUCUUCUUGGAGUCACCUGUCCACUUCACAGGUGUCCCAGGGGCAGUGAGCAGGAUCUGCCGUAGUCUGAUCGACAACUCUUUCGGCUUCCUGCCUAACCACCGGCACAUUGAUGUCUUGGACUGCUGCAAUGGCCUCCUCCUCUGCCGCUGGCACGAUGUUUCCGGCGAGGUUGGCCAGUUCCAUUAUAUUGUGUGCAAUCCCGCCACGAAGAAGUGA